AAUAAAUUCAACAAACAAUAUAUCAUUUAUUUCUUGUUUUAAACCAUCCAACAUGCAUCUUUUCACCGCCAUUGCCGCCCUCAUCCUCGGUACCAACGCCUUCGCUUAUAAGAUCACCCUAUACAGCGACCUUGACUGCGGAAACAAGCUCCAAGAUAUUAGUUUGGAUGUCCCCAACGACGAAACUUGUGUACCUUUCAAUGUGAAUAUAUCUGCACCCAUUCUCUCGAUUAGCAAUUAUGCAGAAUACCCAAUCAUCCCCAUUGCUUACGGGGACCCUGACUGCAAGGGUCAUAGCUUGAUCGCAGACAGUGAUGGCAUCGGUUCCUGUAUUAAGGGAUGGGACAAGUGGGAAAACAAGACGGUGGCACUUGUGGCUACAAACCUUGGAACGUGGUAGUUUGUAUCUUGAAGUAUAUAGAUUGAAU